AGCGGAGGAGAAGAAGAACCGGAGGGUCAUCCGGUCUCGGAUCCGGGUCGACGCGGAUCUCGAAACCGUCUGGGGGGUGUUAACGGAUUACGAGGGCUUGGCGGGCUUCAUCCCGAGCUUGGCCGUGAGCCAGUUGAUGGAGAAGGGGGAUAAAUUCGCGAGGCUGUAUCAGGUUGGUCAGCAGGACCUUGCAUUAGGGUUGAAAUUUGAUGCCAAGGGUGUCUUGGAGUGUUAUGAGCAAGAUGUUGAGUAUCUUCCAUCUGGUCGAAGGAGAGAGAUUGAUUUCAAGAUGGUGGAAGGUGAUUUUCAGACAUUUGAAGGCAGAUGGUCCAUUGAGCAGAUUGAUAGUAGUAUGUGCAAAGAGGGAGCGAGGCAAGAAUUCCAGACUACAAUCUCAUAUGUUGUGGAAUUAGAGCCGAAGCUUUGGUUGCCGGUUCGCCUUCUAGAGGGAAGACUUUGCAAGGAAGUGAAAAAUAACCUUGUUUGUGUCCGCGAAGAAGCUCAAAGAGUUCAAAGAUUAGGUCCUGAUGAACUUACUACUACACGGGAAGCGAGAGAAAAUGACUCUGACUUCGUUGGUUGAUGAUAAAAUUGAUCCAGGACUUUGGAGCAGUUCAAAGCAUAUUCAUGAUCUAUAGCAGGAACUUUCUUCGUCAAAGGACACAAUCUUAUCGUUCAUUUGAAACAACUAAAGAUUUGUGUCGCUGCUUGCCAUCGUAUCACUCGUGUGCACAGGAGCUUCUUUUUGUUUCAACUUUCAGUUUGUUUAGUUGGAAACUGGCAAGUUUGGUACAAAAAGAGCAAAAAACAAAAGCUUAUGAUUCUUUGACUUUCUUUCUGAGUGAGGCUAAAGUCUCCUGUUAUAUUUAACUGUAUGUAAUAUGAACUGAUUGAUUAUUCUUUUAAAAAUGUUUAAAUAUAUUCUGUAGAUUUAUACAGCACUGCGGCCUAA